GAGAGUGUACGUGCGAGUGUGCGUGUUCUCUGGUUCUGCCAUAUUUGCCAUCAGUCAGCCAGCAGCGCCACAUUUUUCUCCAUUCUUUCGUGUCGUCGCCGCCGCCGCACAAAGAAGUUGCUGUCCGGAUUCAGGAACAAUCUGAACGGAGAUUAAAAAUCCAAAGAAAAAAGAUCAAACCUGGCCAAUCUGGCCGCCGGUUAGUGUCGAAAUUGUGCACUCGAAUCGAUCGCGGGUGUGUGGCUUGUGUGCAGUGAUUCUAUGCCCGGAACAUACAAGCCGGAAGAUUGACUACGAAGGCGUCUCGCUGGAAGAAUCCAACUGAUCUACAUACCACAAUCCUACGCGGGGCAUGCACCACUCGGAAGGACAUGGCAACACUGCCUCUGCCACUGAUGACGGUUUCGAAAGGACGACUGUUUGAAUCGAUACAGAACACGACCUGUACCGCUCGCUACUGCUGCUGUUGCUGCAGCUCGUGCCAGCAUCACCAUUCCCGCAGUACCGUCUGCUAGCAGCCCAAACCAGGACCAGAAAAAGCCCAAUCGCUCUCGCUGGUUGGUCGGUUGGUCGCACAAAUAACUUGCCCUGCCAGUUUGGCAAAGUACCAAAAAUAUUAAUAUCACUAGCCACCAGAACGAAUUUCUCGGCCGGUCGAGAGUGUCGUGGCCUCUCCUCCCGAACCCCGCCGCUUGGUGCAAUUGUUCUGCGCCCAUACGGAGGAGGAAUUGCAACCGAAACCGAAGGAACAAAACCAAAAAGAGAACUCGCUCUCGCCCCCCUCGUGUCGUAUCCCACGUGUGUACCUCCGGUGCAUGUACAUGUGUGUGGUCAUACUGCUUCCACACUGCACCGCCGCCAUAGACGUUAAGGAAAAAAUCCUACCCCCACCGAUAGCAGCAGCAGCAGCAGCAUCCGUCGUCACCGCGAUCCGGUUUUUGCGGUAGCGAAUAAUUUGGAUCGAAAUCAAAUUUCAAUCUAGGACACAGAGCCAGAAACAAUACCUACAAACGAUAAAAAAAACCAAAAUCCUAAGGCGCGUACCUAGUACCAGAGAUGACAUCGACUCAAACGAAUCGAGAAUUUGUCGAAGGAUGGACACUGGCCCAGACCCUCGGGGAAGGUGCCUACGGGGAAGUGAAACUGCUCAUCAACCGCCAGUCGGGUGAGGCCGUCGCGAUGAAGAUGGUCGAUCUGAAAAAGCAUCCGGACGCGGAAAGUUCGGUCAAGAAGGAAGUCUGCAUCCAGAAGAUCCUGCAGCAUCCGAAUAUAUUGAAAUUUUUCGGCAAACGCACCCAGGGCGACAUCGAGUACAUCUUCCUGGAGUACGCCGCCGGCGGGGAGCUGUUCGAUCGAAUAGAACCGGACGUCGGGAUGCCCAUCCCGGAAGCACAGCGCUACUUCAACCAACUGCUGGCCGGUGUGGACUACCUGCACACACGAGGGGUAGCCCACCGGGAUCUGAAGCCGGAAAACCUUCUCCUGGACGAGCAUGACAACGUAAAAAUCUCCGACUACGGAAUGGCCACCAUGUUUAGAAUGAAGGGUCGAGAGCGGCUGUUGGACAAAAAGUGCGGUACCCUGCCCUACGUGGCGCCGGAAGUGCUGCUGAAACCAUACCAGGCCACCCCAGCCGAUAUCUGGUCCUGCGGGAUCAUCCUAGUCACGAUGCUGGCCGGCGAACUGCCAUGGGAUCAACCGUCGUCGGCCUGUCAGGAGUAUCUCUGCUGGAAGGAGAACAAGUACACGACCGCGACGCCCUGGAGUAAACUGGACACGCUGACCCUGUCACUGCUGCGGAAGAUCCUGGUCCCGAAUCCGUCCCAGCGGUUGACGCUGGACAAAAUCCAGGACCACAAGUGGUGCCAGAUGCAGUUCAACCACAGCAGCCAAGGCCUCUCGGACAGCAGCGGAAACGGACGGGACGUGGUCGAUGGUGUCGUUUCACCUCGCGCCAAACGACUCUGCUCGAAUCAGGACCUAUCGUCCCCGUUGGAUGAUUCCACCUCGCGGAUGUGGCAAUCUCAGCCGGUUCCGACGAUAACCCACACCGAGGUGCACGGAGUCGAGGAAGCGAUCGAAGCUCGCAAUGGAUUCUGCUUCUCGCAACCUACCAUGCUGGAUGAUCUGAUCCUGUGCACCCAGAUGAAUCCCACCCAGUCCGUGGGAGCGACUCAAUCGAACAACCCCUUUCAGCGGUUGGUACGUCGUAUGACUCGGUUUUUCGUGUCCACCAAGUGUGACGAAACGCUGAAGCGGCUUUCGUCCGCGUUCGAAAAGUUGGGCUACAGUUGGAAGUGCAAUGACGAAGCCGUCAUCACCAUCUCGACGAUCGACCGCCGGAAAUUGCAGCUGAUCUUCAAGGCCAACAUCGUGGAAAUGGACGGCAGAAUCCUGUGCGAUUUCCGCUUAUCGAAGGGAUGUGGUUUGGAAUUCAAGCGACGUUUCAUUCGGAUCAAACAGAGUCUGGCUGAUAUUGUGAUGAAGGGUCCGGUUACGUGGCCCAUUGCCAUUGCUACCAAUUCGGUGCCUUAGGAGGAGCGGGGAAAAAAAAAGUGGCAAGCCAAUCACUGCCAAGUAUUUUUUUUGAAGAAGCUAUCUUUUUUCGAAUAUCUCCAACUGGUAAAAAACAGUUGGUAAGAGUUAGAUAAGAGUUGUUAAGUCAUCAGUUUUUCCCUUUUUCCCGGCACGCUAAGCGGAUAAUGUAAGCUACAAAUUGGAGCCUCGUGCGUGUGUCUUCAUGAAUUGAAGAAAGUACGCAACCCGUAUACGGAUAUAGAAUUGAUGAAUUCAGGGAAUUUUCAAACUUAAGUUUUGUAUAACUAUUUUUUCUUUUUUUGUUUGUUUACUCAGAAAUCUCGCUCAAAGAAAUAGUUUUCUACGAUGCAAAUUAUUGAUCUGCUGAAUAAAAGUCGAUUUGUAAGAAAA